CACACUAGCAAGAAACGCGGAAAAAGCAAGAAAGAAGCCCCCCUCAUUGACGAAGUGAUGCUGGUUUCUACGGGCUCACUUCCGGGCACACUAUCCAACAUCACAGUUGACCAUGAGGAUAUAAAGAUGCCCACGUCCGAUAAGCCAGAGCUUUUCGGUCAACCAUUUUGGCAGCCAUUUGUACAUCAUCAUUGUGUUCAGGCAUUAUUGAUCAUAACUGUCGAAAUGAAGUCUUACCAUUUUCUACCUCUCAUUCCCGUUGCGCUCGCUGCGCCCCCUGUUGUCGAUCCAUUCCUUGAGGUGUGCGGAGUGUCCGUUACACUCUCGAUGGUGACCAACACUCUCCUACUACCGCCGCAGACAAUUUCUCUCUGCGAGAACUCAAACUGCGCCAUUCCUCCAAUCACAGCUGGGGGAGGUUUUCCUCCUGCAUCGACGCAGCACCAUGAGGUGCCAAAUACUCAGCUUCCGCAGGAAACCGUCAGCCAGGUCCCUGGAGGCAGCGGUCCCGUCGGCCAGCCUGCUGCCUCCCAAUCUGGUGGCAGUCCCCCCUCGGCCCAGCCUCCAGCCAGUCACGCCCCCGGAGGUCAAUCAUCUGCUGUCAGUCCUGCCGGAGGCUCCAGCGGGGAUUCGCCUGUUGCUACCGCCUCGAGCUCUGGCAAGACUCCUGCCGUAACUACGUCGUCUGCGUCUCGAUCAUUUGGUGCUCAGUGGGAUGAGCUCGUGGUCAUGGGGGUCAUUGGCUGCGUGAUUCUGGCGUCUCUUGGACUUGGAUUGUAAUGUCCGUCCUUCAGGGAAAACAGGGGUUCAAUAUUAGGAAUGAUGGUGGAAUGAUCUGUUCAGUCUUGCAUUGUAAUUGCAUUGGUAGCUUCUGAUGCCGACCUCUAAUUGGAUGGAACGAGCCGGAUACCUUGCACUGUUCUUAUUUCAAGCUAGUCGCCUCUUAACUGAUGAUUUGUGCUGAAUCUGGUCAGGCAUGUCACUUUGGUCGGGAGGAAGAAGGGGGCACUGUAACAUGCCUCGGCAAUUUCCAGAAGGACUCUGCAGACAAUACAAUCUCUUAGUGGUUUCACCGUUCGUUUUCUUUCCUGGGAAACAAUCAACUGAGCACGAAGUGUCUCUCAGUGUUCCAUGCCGCAGACGCCUUGCGGAAUUCAUGGUGUAACAUUAUUCAUGAUGCAUGUACCUUGGUCAUAUGACGGCUGACAGUUGAGACACGGACAAGAA